CCCAGUUUCAAGAUAAUCCUCCAACACAACGCUCGUAUUGACACGGCGCAAGUGAGUCACUGCAAUUAAUAAUGCAGGGUUACUCCAAGAUACUACCCAAGCCCUCGUAUUCGCGGGAGAGACAGUAUAUAAAUGAUAAAGUGCCCUGCGAGGCAAAGAUAUAAUCCAGACUAAUCAAUAACCCAUCUCUCAAACAACCAAAGAGAAGAAAAAGAAGAAAAUGGCAUCAGGAAUAAUUCUCGACCAACACUUCACCCACCACUCCUCUACCCACAGCACAACCAUCCCCUGGACAACACUGGGCGAACUGACCAAUCCUCCACUAAUCUUCAUCCACGGUACUCCCUGGUCCUCCGUUCUGUGGCAUCCAUACGCAAAAGCACUAGCUUCUAAAUACAGUGUCUAUCUUUUUGACAACCCCGGCUUCGGCGAGUCACCAGGCCGCAGUCCUCUCCAGACAAGCAAUACCAACAAUACCAACGAGAUUGCAUCCCUCGACGCCUCUCUCGCCGGGCAAGCAGAAUCCUUCGGAGCGCUUUACCACUCCUGGGGGUUUAAAGAGGGCAACCUCCCGCAUGUCGUCGCCCACGAUGUCGGCGGGCUGAUCAGCCUCCGUGGAUUCCUGCUUCACGGAUGCAAAUACGCGAGUCUGUGUCUUAUUGAUGUUGUCGCGCUCCGGCCGUUCGGGAGUCCAUUCUUUACCCUCGUCGGCCAGAAUCCUGGUGUAUUUACUUCUAUCCCCGAGGUUGUUUUUGAGGGGAUGUUGCGGGAGUAUAUCCGCGGGGCGGCGUUUAAGGAUAUCCCGGCUGAUAUCGAGAAGAGGCUUGAGAGGCCGUGGUUGUUAAGUAAAGGUGGGAGACAGGGGAGUGUAGGAUUUAUUCGGCAGAUUGCACAGGCGGAUGCUCGUGAUGUUGAGGAGGUGGAGGGGCGGUAUCAGGAAGUUGGAAGCGCAAUACCGGUCAAGGUUAUUUGGGGGGUUGAGGACCGGUGGAUUCCAGUUGAGCGGGCUGAGGAGCUGGCGAAGAGGAUUGGAGCGAGAGAGAAUAUAUUGAUUGAGGAUGCUGGGCAUUUGGUCAUGCUUGACCAGCCGGAGAGGGUUGCUGUUGAGAUCAUGAGCUGGUUGAUGGGGGUUACGCGGCGAGGAUGAUAUCAACGCAGUAUCGACCUCUGCAAAGACGAGUGUAGACCAUGGCCAUCGUGCAGAUAACAGCACGCCCAUACACCAAUCCGUCAGCAAGGCUCCAGCGAUGUCGGGUCUGUCUUCAUGUGGUUUCGGCGGCGAACGUCAUGCCUUCUUUGCACUUCUCUGUAGCUUUGCGCACUGGCCAUUAAUAUUCAAAAACACUAGACGGGGUUCGAUAUGCACAUGCAGCCAGCGCC